CGCAGUGCGUCGUGUUAAACCCGUCACAUGUGGGUGUUUGUAGCUGAACACACGUGUGGACACCGGCUACGACUUUAACUUUGUGCUAUCGUGACGCACAUCAUGGCAAAGACAGACACUCCAAGACGGAAAACAAGACAAAGAAAAGCUGUCACAGUUGGAGCAGAAGGGCCCAUCACUGAAGAACAGACUGAGACUGUCUGUUCAAGCGAACAAACAGAGAACACAGAGACGAAACAGGGGGAAAAGAGCCAGGAUGAACAAGAUUCUCAGAUGGACUGUGUUAUUGAAGUAAAAGGAAGCAAACCCACUGUGGCUGUAUCCUGGGAGAAGACGAAUGAAGAAGAGGGCAAUGAUUCAGAAAAGAGAAGCAAUCCAAGUGAUCAGCUGACUGACCAAGAGAUGAUGGGAAAUGAGAACACUCCCAAUGAGGAUUCUGAGACAAAGAUGGAGCAAGAGAUGCAGAAAAUUGAAGACAAACAAGAAUCUCAAAUGGACACCGAAGAGAAUGGAAGUACAACCACAGUAACUGAAACUGGGACAGUGAAGCCUGAAGAAGGACAGAGCAGCUCGAUUCAACAGGAAACCAAUGGAUAUGAACAGAUGGUUGUUGAAGAGAAACCAGUAAAAACAAGGAAACGGAAAAGGAAGGCACAAGCUAAUGCUGCGAAUUCUCCAUCAAAGAAAACAAAGCUCAUCAAUGAUGGUUUUUGUAUUUAUGCUGGCAACCUGAACAACUCCAAAACAUUUGAAGAGGUUAAAGAUUCAUUAGCAAGUUAUUUAAUGACACAGAGUCUUCUGUUUCAAGACAUCAGAUUAGACCGGUCCAAAAAACAUGCACAUGUAGAUUUGGCCUCAGAGAUGGACCUGACCAAAGCCUUGACAUUAAAUGGAGAGAUGAUCCUUGAUAAGCCAGUGAAGAUCGCCAAGGCAAAGGUCAAAAGUGCGGACAAGGUGAAAACACCAGAGGACAAAAAAGCUGCCAGAAAUGCCCGAUGUUUGUUCGUGAAGAACCUGCCAUUAACUGCAAAGAAAACAGACAUUCAGAAAAUCUUCCCAAGGGCCAUCAACAUCAGGUUUCCUGGUGGAGCUGAAAGACCAACCCAAGGGAUUGCCUUUGUGGAGUUUAAAAAUCCAGCCAUUGCGAAGAGGAUACAGAAGAAAAAACAAGGAGCCAAGAUCAAAGGCCGAGUUUUAAUUGUGGACUUUGUCGGAGAAACAAACGUGACUAAAGUCAGCAAAGCUUCUGACACCAUCAGCAACACAAAAGCUGCUGCUCCUCCAAACAACACGUUAUUUGUUAGCAACGUGUCUCACAACCUGAGAGAAAAAAACUUUAAGAAAUUAUUUCAGAAUGCUGUUAGCAUCAAAUUGCCUCAAAGCCAAGGCAAAUCAAAAGGGUAUGCAUUUGUUGAGUUUGCAACCGUGGCAGAAGCUGAAAAGGCCUUAAAAUCAACCCAUAAUGUAAAGAUCGGCAAGAGGACAAUGAAAGUGCAAUUCUUUGAAAUGAGAGCCAACGCAGAGAACGCAAAAGUGGAUUCAAAAACACUGAUAAUAAAGAGCCUUUCUGAGAACACAACUGCAGAGACUCUGCAAAGUGCCUUUGAAGGAGCCCUCACUGCAAGAGUCGCUGUGGAUAAAGAGACCGGAGCUUCAAAGAGGUUCGGUUUUGUGGAGUUUGAGAGUGAAGAAAAAUGCAAAGAAGCCAUGCAGGACUGUGAGAUCGAUGGCAGCAAAGUGACUGUGGCUUACGCUAAACAACAGGAAAAGAAAGGCACCAAAGGUCGGGGGGCCAGCAGAGGAGGAAGAGGACGUGGAGCCGGGGCGCCACAGGACACUGUCGAGAAAGUGAAAAAUAAAGGCUAACUUUAUACAAGACUUUGACUUUGGGUGGCUGUACAGACAGUGUGUGAGGAUGUGAACAUGUGUACAAUAUUGUUUGUCCUGACUGUAGAACAUGUGGCAUCGUGUUAUUUUUAUUGUCAUAUUUUCUAUUCAUUCAUAGCUAAUAUGAAGACAUAAGAAAGAUGCCUGACUUGUUUUAACAUAAUGCAGGUUUGUUAUGUGAAAUGUUGAAGAUUGGAUCAGCUUGUAAUCAUUCUAUGUGAAGAUAAAGAUUUUUUAAAUGUGA